AUGUCGGACUCUGUUGACCGCGUCUUCACACAUGCUCUUGCAACAGUUCGCCGGUUACCACGGACCGGUUCUUCAAGGCCUCCACCUUCAGCCCGUCUACGCCUGUAUGGCCUUUAUAAACAGUCUAUGGAGGGGGAUGUCGAGUCUAUUCUACCCCGACCCACCCUCCCUACCGUGUCACCCGAUCCCAACAAUUCAAAAUCCAACAAUGUCCAUCGUUACGCUUCGCGUGAUCUACGAAUACGAGAAGCCGAGGCCGAGAUCGAAAAGUGGGACUCAUGGCAUGGCUGCUCAGGAAUGUCCAAGACGGACGCAAAGAGGAGAUAUAUUGGCACUUUAAUUGAAACUAUGAAAGAGUAUGCAAGUGGCACUCAAGAAGCACGAGAAUUGGUCGCGGAACUGGAAUUUGUUUGGAACCAGAUACGCAGUCAAAGUGGAAGCUCCGAAGACGACGAAGCCGAUGCGGAUUCACCUACGAGAAGACUCGAACGAGCAGGUUUGAAACAAACCCUCAGCUUCGACAGCAAUUCACCCAUCCAGAGUGCCAAAGCUGGACGGCCAAGUGGGGUGGCAAGCAGAACGAAUUCAGAUCCGAACCGUCUGAGAGUACUAUCGCCUGUUUCAGCGCGAGAUAGUGACGAUGUGGUAGAGGCUGAAGAGGUCGACCCAGAUGCAGAAGCGAUAAUCGAUCGUCUACAAACAACGGCGUCACGAGCGUCUGAGUCUGAAUGGAGGGCAAGAAUAGAGUCCCAUCUACGUCAGCUAGCAACAGAAGUUGCUGCGCUGCGGGAGGAGAUGUCUGCGAACCAUCUUCUCUCAUCAUCAUCCUUAUCGCCUUCCUUGACUUCCAAGCGAAGACGUCUUCUAUUCCGUAUAACUUCGUGGGGGCGGUGGUUGGCAUGGCUAAUCCUACGUCAAGCAUUCGCUACGGCCGUCUUCGUUCUGCUGUUCAUCAUUUGGGCCAGAUGGAGACGCUACAAAGAUCGACGGGUUGAACAGUGGGUCAGGAGACGAUGGACUGAUGCCGAAUUGCUUUACGGGAGCCUGAGAGUAUGGCUAGCGGGAGCCAAGAUACCGUUCAGCCUUUAUCCACGAUCCAGGUCGUCUUGA